AUGGAAAAUCGAAUGUGCUUUGAGUGUCUUCAACGCCAAAUUCAAUCAGAUUUCUCUGACAAACUCAUCUUCUCCUAUGGCCUCUCAGAUUCUGCUCUCCCCUUUGGCUCCAGCGCCAUCGUUCAGCUCACACAUAUGGAGUCAGCCAGUCUUCCCAAGAAGCGCUCAACACAACCAACAUCUGAUGUUAUGGAAUCCUCACCCUCAAACACCUCCGGAGUACAGAUGGCACAGUAUACCAACACCAACUUUAACACAUAA